UCAGAGACAGAGUUGAUCGCGGAUUUCGUGGGAAGUGGUGUGAAUAAUCCAGUGAAUCAUGGCUUAAGAUAUUGUUGAAGUAGUAAUGAAAAUGUUGGCUGGAUAGACAAAUUGUUAUUUUCAGUGUUGACUGUGAUUUUAGACAAACGCAACCAUGAGCAACGAGUUGAGCCUGACGUCGGGUCGGGCGAACGUGAUGGUGUACGAUGACGUCAACAAGAAGUGGGUGCCGGCGGGCACGACCAACGGCUUUGCUAAGGUGCACAUCUACCACCACGUGGUCAACAACACGUACCGCGUGGUGGGCCGCAAACUGCAGGAUCAGGAGGUGGUCAUCAACUGUGCCAUCCUGAAGGGGCUCAAGUACAACCAGGCUACGCCCACGUUCCACCAGUGGCGUGACAACAAGCGGGUCUACGGGCUCAGCUUCUCCUCCGUGGACGAUGCCAACAGUUUCGCCAACACGAUGCUCAGAGCCAUAGAUAACCUGACUGAGAGCGCCCAGAUGACGGCCCGCUCGCAGCAGCCCACGUACGGCCACGCGCACACGCUGCCGCACAAGCCGUCCAGCAGUCCGGCCCUGUACCAGGAGGCCGGCCAGCAGGACCCGGCAGCCGCCUACCGCAGCCUGUCGCGGCCGCGCGCCCAGGAGCCGCCGCCGUCGCACAUUCAGCUGGAGCGGCGACAUUCGGAGCAGCAGCAGCAGCCGCCGCCGCAGCAGUACCAGCAGUACCAGCAGCCGCAGUAUCAGCAGCCGCAGUACCAGCCGCCGCCCCAGCAGCAGGCGCCGCCGCAGCCGCAGCUGCCGCCCCAGGCGCCGCCGCAGCCGCCGGCGGCGCCGCCCGUGCCGCAGCACGCCGCCUCCCCACCGGGCCACCACCGCACCUCGUCGGCACCCCAGCCCGCCAGCCAGCCGCUGUCGGCUGCUCCGCCGGCGCCGCCCCCGCCACCGCCGCCACCGCCCGCGGGCGGAGCGCCGCCGCCGCCGCCACCUCCACCGCCCCCGCCGCCGCCGCCGCCCCCGCCAGCCUUCCAGGCGGCGCAUCCUCCGGAGCCCGCGGCCAGCCCUCAGCGGCCGGUGAGCUCCUCGGAGCCGCCGCCCAGUGGCCUGGGAGGGCUGGGCGGACUCGCCGCCGCCAUACAGAACACCAAGCUGAAGAAAACAGUGGUGAACAACUCAGACACAUCCUCGUGCUCGUCGUCGGGUAGCAGCACGUACGGCACUAUCGGGCGUGCCGCGGGCGGCCCGGUGAUGUCCAUGAUGGACGAGAUGGCGGCCACGCUGGCGCGCAGGAAGGCGAAGAUGACGGCGGCGCCCUCCGAGGACACGGCUGGCGGACAGGAGGAGGGCGGCCCGCCGCGCUGGGAGCGUAGUCACUCGACCAGUGGCGGCUCGGUGGUGCGGCCCACCAACGGCGGUGGCGCCGAGAGCCCCCGGCCCGCCCGCAAGAGGCUCGGCUCGCACGACGAGAGUCGCCUCAACGGCCUGUCCCCGGCCGACCAGCCGGCGGCGGCCGGAGGCGCAAACGCGGCUGACCUGGAUGCCCUCAAACAGGACAUCCUCAAAGAGAUGAGACGCGAAAUGACGGCCAUGAAGAAUGAUAUUCUGGACGCCAUCAAGAUGGAGCUAAAUCGACGGUAGUUGCCAGGCGCCCUGGAGAUUCGACAAGACACAUCACACACAUAUACGUGAGAGCCAACGAUUGGAGGUGACCAGAGAUUACAACAUGUGAUAGAGACAGCAGUGUUGACAAUCGGCUGAGGGACAUGCCAGAGCGACGCUGCUACUCGGCCGAACGACCCGUGCGACAGACAGACUGGUGUCGCAUUGUCGCGCGGUGCAGUGGGCGACACAGACUGUCGCGCAGUGGACUGAGCGAUGGACUGUCGCGCGGUGAAGUGACGCGCGGCACUGUCGCGCGCUCAGCUGACUACUAGGGCGAGUGAUUGGGCCGGCGACGCGAGCUAACCUGUGGAGGAGACAGGGCGGGCUGCGGAGAAGGAUAGAGGGCGCUGGUCGACGGGCUGGACCAGCCACAGGCGUGGUGGCGGUGUCGCCAGUCCGUGUGGAGGACAUGUAACCCGCGUCGGCGACGGCAGAGAGACGGCGGACCGGCGCGCGACUGGACGCGGCCACGGCGGAUGCGUCUGAAACCAAAGAGACUGAGGAAGACGAUGGAAAGUGUUACCGUGCGGGCGCCCCACGCGCGGGGAGGAGCCGAGCUUGUGUGUGGCCGCUGGCCGGGCCGGGUCGGCCACAGUGCGGGCCCCAGAUGCGCCGAGCGGCCGCCCGCGCCGGCUCACGGCGGUUUGUGUAUACGGCGAGGCAUUGUACGACUGCGUGUCGGCUUGGAUGUGUACAGAGACCUGGCCGACGCCGCGGCGCGACGGUGAACAGGGUGACAGAUUGGAGCGUGGCCGAAAAACGAAACAGUCAUCUCCGAUUAUUAUUUAUGAUAGAAUCUGCGGUCCAAGCCUAACUGGAGUAUUCCCAAUGAUUUAUGUUUUUAGUUUUCUACGUUUUAUUAUUAUUGAUGCUGAUGAUGACGGAGGUAUAUAUGCAGAUAGUAUGACGCGUUUGAUGUGAAUUACUAGCUAGCUUGUGACAAUAUAGCUAGAGGCCCUGUGAGCUCGAGGGCCGGGCGGAAGGCGCCCGGCUCGGCAGUCGUCGCAGUAACCUGCUUUUAUACGGUCGGUGCGAAUGGCGCGAUCACGCGAGCGGAGUGCUUGUGUACAGUUUGGUAUACAGACUCGAUGUAAUCGUGCAAUCAGUGUUGCGUGCCAUGGCGGUGUCUGUGCGCGCGGCGCCGGGCACCAGACGCGUGACGUCACCGACGCAGACCGCCCCAGGCAUGCCAUGACCCCGCCGGACGGCGCAGACAGACAGACGCUGCGGCGCUCCCCGCCGACGGCCGGAGGACUGCCGCCGAGCCGAUUGCGGCGGCCGCUUUCGUAGUACGACUGUACAUUUUACACUUCAAUAUACCGAUCCGUAUUGGAGGAUAA